CUCUCUCCUUCCCUUCACUCUUCUUUCUCUCUCUAAAAGACUGACUCUGUUAAUUCCGUCAUUGACUAUGCCCUGUGAGAUGACUCACUUUGGAUCGGUCAGCUUAGCUCCAAGAGAUAUUAUUCUCUAAUCCCAUUUUCCCUGCUAGUUAAGUUGGAGAACUUAAUUGGUAGAAGAUAGACAGAACCCAGAAAGUGUUUGAUAUGAUCAUUCAUGUCAAAGAUUCUCAAGAUUGUAGCAGAAAUCCUGUGUAUUUAAUACAGGGUUUUAAUCAGUCAAUUUAGUAACAUUCAUAAUCACCCUUGAUUUUUGUUUUGGUUUUGGUUGUUGGGCAACAUUCCCACCUGAGGAAAAUACCAAAGCCGUUCACUUUCCAGCAUUUAAAUCAUGAAUUUAUUGAAUUACCACUGAGAGGGGUUUUCCUUCUUUCUCUUCAAUUUGUUGCAAUGGUCAGAAAUGUGGUGGGGGGUUUUUGGCAGGUUUUGGAUUGCGGAAUGGGAUAAAACAGAGAAACUGAUGCAUGCGUUGGAAUUUCUGCAACCUCCUGCAGAAUCUAGCAAGAGGUGGAUCUGAGUCUGAGGUGCUUUAGAACCUGUAGCAUUUUGCGGCUAUUGCACAUUCCAUUGUCAAGAUUAGCUCUGGAAUUUCUUCAUUCUCAAAGAGUUGAAGACAUUGCAACAAAUCGCGGAAUUCCAAUGAUGAACUUGGGAGAAAAACUCUUUACACUGGAAGAGGAACAAGUUCAGAUGAAUGGUUCUUGGGUACCUGUCACCCCUGAGAAGCCAGUUCAAAUAAGGCCUGAUACAAUAUCGGCAGGUUGGCAGGAAAGCCAAAUGGUAGGAGGGAAUUUGAAAAAGUCAACUGUUUCUGGAUGUGGCUACAUGAAAGAGAUGCUGCAGUAUAAUGUUCUACAUCAAAAUGUGCACCUAAUAGGACAUAAUGAAGAGUACAAUUAUUUUGAUGGGGUUCCUUCUGAGAGAGCCAGUGUCAUCGAUGACAUUGAUGUGGACUUUGAAGGCAAUAGAUUGAAUACUUUGGAACUUCUCUUCAUGAAUAAUGCACGUAACAAUGGUUAUGCUGACAGUAACUUGAGUGAAAAUAUAAGCAUGGCAGUAAGAACGCCAGUGCUUCCAAAAUUUCAUCCUCACACAAGAAGCAACGGGAGAGAUUUCAAUGCAGAUGCUUUCACCGUCAACGAAAACAAGAACUAUGCAGAUUCAGAUACAGCGUACACAGAUGCGAAUCUUUUGGUCCCAAAUAAAAAUUCUGAAUGCGAUAGCAGCAGCUUAUAUGAUUUUCUGAACAAUGACCCUCACUGCUCAUUCUCAAGCCUGCUGAAUAGUAGCCUAUCUGAGUCAGAGAUACCCAAUGGUGGUUUUUACAUACCUUGCAGACCCAAGUAUGAUCAAAACUCUGCAGCCGUCACGGAAGCUGAUGAUGUCUUCAGUUUCACCAACUCCUUCCAAUCAGUGCCACGAACAAUGGAUCAGUUUGAUAAAUCGACAGAUGACCGGUUUAUGAAGUAUGUAACAGCUGAAAGUCAAAUUCAGGUGACAGACAGGCUAGACAACUUGGUUGCAUCCGCAGCAAAUGAUCACCAGGAAUAUUGCGAUGGACUUCUACAGCAUAUUGUCGACACAUCUGCAGCACUUUCUCAAUCACAAAACAAUAAUGAGGGUUCUGAAAAUGAUCAUCGUAGAGGAAAUGGCCUAGAUAUUGAUCUGAAUAAGACGCCUGAGCAGAAACCACCUAAACGAAGAGAAACAUAG